CGUAUUACUUUGAUUCUUUCAUCAUGCGCUUCGAGGAUUGGGACAUCCUGCUCUUCCCGCAGGUGACCAACACACCCAUCCAAGAAUUCCGUACCGAGUGCUUUGGUAUUGUUACUCGUAAGUCUGACUAUNCAAUUGGCGCCUCUCCAACUCUCAACACGUACAUUCCUUCGUUGACUCCCGGAACUCCCUUCAAACUCUCUCUGCACUCGUGGACCAGACCAGUCUUGUCAUCUCCUCAGUUCGUGAGAGGCAACCGUGUCAUCCUGGCACUGCACGUCGCCGUCGACGGCAAGACAGUUGCGUUAGUCAACACCUUGAGAGUAUCCACUGUCAUAGGCUGGGCUAACAAUGCGAGGACAGAGNUUCGAAAGAUCAACCUUGACGCCGACUUCCCUUUCCAGGUCAACAACUCUCCAACCAGCAGGAUGCUCUUUCCGCCCUUCAACGGAGUCAUGCGCGAUCAACUCCAGCUCCACAUUGCCGAUAACGUUGGUCGCAUCACAGUCUGCAUAUCUGAAGGUUACUUCUACGAAGCAGUCGGCACUGGCAAACCUCACUUCUGUCCUGUCAAAGACAUCAUCACCUUCAAAUGGAUACAUGCCCCUCGCAGUAAGUCACACAAUCCUGCUAAUCUCGUCAUGCUAAUGUAUAGUUAUCAGNGUCUUCUUCGUAAGGCUGGCAUCGCCUGGCCUAACCCUCGACUCUUCAUGAAGCAAGAGGACUCCUUCGGCAACAACGUGCCAUACAUGUCUCAUGCGGUUGACUAUCAGGUCAACAGCUCCCAGGGUAAUGGAUCUAUUGACCCACCCUCGAUGUCUACUUCUGGUAUCGAUGGGCCAAUCUCUUACCCAUCGAACACAGCGCUUCUGCAAAACUAUGACCAAGUCUUCACUGGUAACGACCAUCUUGACUUUACUGACCUGACUGUAUCUUCCGACUUCUCAUCAGGCUAUACCUUUGGAGCACCUCUAUCGGACUCUAUCCACGCACCUCAGUCUGACUUCAAGCACACUCAGACGACAAGACUUCCCAGCAAUCAAGUCAGAGAGAUUGCCAGUGCUAUCGUCCCUGAACUGAUCGAACGUGGUGUUGCCAUGCUUGACGGCUCUUCAGACACCCAUCAACCUGGCCAAGGCUUCAUGAGAAAUACAUCGGACAUCAGUAUGCACACAGCUUGCGAA